AUGGCGUCCAUGAGCGAGGCAGGCGGCAGCUUGAGGACGUUCUAUGCAGGAGACGUCUUGAUGCAGUCAGGGAGGAUGCUGGCUGGGGUCGAGCUGGUGUACGAGGUGCACGGGGAGAUGAACGAGGACAAGUCCAACGUCAUCCUUCACCCGACCUCCUUCGGCGCCUCCCACUCGGACUUGCGGUACAGGAUCGGGGAGGGCGGAAAGUUCACCCUCGACACCAGCCAGCACUGCGUGAUCGUAUGCAACCUCCUCGGUAAUGGUGUCUCCUCCUCUCCCUCCUCCUCCUCCUCCCUGCGACCGGCGCCGACCCUCGAGGACUGGGCAUGGCCGAGCAUGUACGACAACGUGAAGUUGAUGAGAAGGCUGAUCAAGGAGGAGCUGAAACUGUCUUGUCCCCUCGCGAUGAUCUUCGGAUACUCGAUGGGAGCCAUGGCGGCUCUCCACUUCGCUUCUCUCUUCCCCUCCGACGUUGAGCGAGUGGCGGCGGUGUGUGGGGUGGCCUGCACGUCAGACUACAACAAGGUGUUCCUGUCCUCCCUGCGGGAGGGUCUUUGUGCUGAUGGAGCGUGGGAUGAGGAGAAGAAGAUGUUCACUUGUAAGCCUGUACGAGGGCUGAGAGCCUUCGGUUCCAUCUAUGCAGGAUGGGGACUGAGCCCAAGUUUCUACAGGAACAAGGAGUUUGCGUCGCCGUCUGUCGGAGACUUCAGGAGCCUGGAGGACUUCGUUGAGAGGGGAUAUGUUGAGGGUUUUCAAGGGUGCGAACCUCACGACCUGCUGGCCAUGUUGCACACUUGGUACACGGGAGACAUCGGAAACAAUGACAUGUUCCUAGGCGACAGGAGAAAAGCUUUUAAAGCGAUUCAGGCACGCGUCUGCUACAUGCCAUGCGAAACUGACAGAUAUUUCACUGUCGAAGACGCCGCCCAUGAGGUCGAGCUCGUCGACAAGGCGGAGCUGAGGGUGAUGCCAUUCAGCUGGGGUCAUCGAGCUGGGGAUCCUCAUCGGCGGGGACAGGAGGAGCAGGACAAGUGGAUCACCAAACAAGUGAAGGAAAUGCUGGAGACGUGA